GAGGAAAAGAAGAACAAACUGUUUUGCCUUAAAUGUAUUGGCAGCACCUAAGGAGGCAUGAAGACAUCAUUAAGAGAACUGUUGGAGGCUAUUUAAUUGUACAGGGUAGGGCUGAUGACACCAUGAACCUUGGAGGAAUUAAGACCAGCUCCAUUGAAAUUGAGCGAGUAUGUGAUCGUGCUGAUGAAAAGCAUCUCAGAGACUGCUGCAAUCAGUGUUGCACCAGUAAAUGGUGGUCCAGAACAGCUGGUUGUAUUUGUAGUAUUAAAGAAAGGGUUUAAUGCUGAACCUGACAAGCUGAAGACUACAUUCUCAAGGGCCAUCCAGAGCAACCUCAAUCCUUUGUUCAAGGUGAAUUAUGUUAAGAUUGCUCCGGAGUUUCCCAGAACAGCUUCUAAUAAGUUACUGAGAAGGGUGCUGAGGGACCAAAUGAAGCACGAGAUUUCAGUUCGGAGUAGAAUUUAGCAGCAACAUCAUAAAUCGUCGAUGCAUCAGAUCUCAGGAAUCUGAUCAUGUGAGCAUUUU